AUGAAGAUUCAUCCAACGUUUCAUGUUUCCCAGAUCAAGCCAGUCCACACCAGUGACCUGUGCCCUCCAACCAUUCCCCCUCCUCCCCCCCGAGUCAUCGAUGAUCAUCCUGCCUACACCGUGCGUCGGCUUAUGGAUGUCAGACGCCGGGGCAGGGGCUUUCAGUACCUGGUUGAUUGGGAGGGUUACAACCUGGAGGAACGUUGCUGGGUGCCUCGGUCACGCAUCAUGGACCCUGUCAUGAGAGACCAUGAAGGCAUUCAAUUGAUGUAUUCUUUUUCCAUCCCUUAUCUGAUAUUUCCCAUUAUUGGUUUGUAUGGGACCUGCAAAAUGAAGAAAUGGGCACUUAUAGUGUCUGCAGUUGGAAUGAUCCUGGGCAGUUUGGUUAGCAUGGCUUUCGGAUUUCGACUACUGGCUGUGCGACCAUGGUUUGAGUGCUGUGGGCUGGAUCAGGGCUACCAGGAUUGGGGCGACAACAUCCCAGACUCCUGCCUCUGCACUGAAGAGUCCACUAAUCCAUGUGUGGCGGCUCCUAGAAACAGCAGUCUGUUUGAGUACAACGACGAUGACAAGCCCAUCAAGAUUUAUCAGGAGAUCUUUUCCACCGUGUUGUGUAUUCUCAUCUUGUGUCAGCUGAAAAACAAGGUUCCUGCUGUCGUCUACAGUCCAGAGGCAAGAAACGUCAACAUCCCGGGAUACGGUGCAGAUUACACCUGCUGGGAUUGA